CAUGUUUGAUUCAAGACCAAAUCAACAAAUUUCCCAUCCAUAGACUAUUGUUAGUGAGAUAAUGUAUACUUGUUUAUUCUAUUCUAUUCUAUUAAACUCACUCACUCACGCCAUGCCCAAUAUUAGUCUUGUAACUCCUCUAUAUGACCCUCUUUUGUUGCAUAAUUCCAAUUUUGUCCCUAAUCUCAUUUCACAACCUCGCCGCGCAUCCCAACGUUCUCCUCAUUCACUUCGCGUCUCUUCUCGCUUAGAUAUGGAUACUUCCUCGAGUCAAGGCACUCUUUACCCAUUGCACCGUUGUAAAACUCUUCACCUGGUUAGACAUGCCCAAGGGUUUCACAAUGUUGAAGGGGACAAGAACCCUGACGCGUACUUAUCUUAUGAUCUUUUUGAUGCAAGCCUGACCCCUCUCGGAUGGAAGCAGGUCGAUAAUCUGAGAGAGCAUGUUAAGACAAGCUGUCUUUCCAAAAGGAUUGAACUCGUUAUUGUUUCCCCCUUGUUAAGGACUAUGCAAACAGCAGUUGGAGUCUUUGGUGGUGAGGCAUACACUGAAGGGAUUGAUGCCCUUCCUCUGAUGAAUGACAAUGUGGGGAAUAGCAGUCGUCAUGCAAUUUCAAGCCUGGACUCGCCACCAUUUAUAGCAGUAGAGCUUUGCCGAGAGCAUUUGGGGGUGCAUCCUUGUGAUAAGAGAAGAGGCAUCUCAGAGUACCAAAAUAUGUUUCCAGCAAUUGAUUUUUCACUGAUAGAGAAUGAUGAGGACAUUUUGUGGAAACCUGAUAUUAGAGAGAAGAAUGAAGAAGUUGCAGCCAGAGGACUGAAAUUUUUGGAAUGGUUGUGGACACGGAAAGAAAAGGAGAUUGCUGUUGUUACCCACAGUGGUUUUCUAUUUCAUACUCUAAGUGCUUUUGGAAAUGAUUGUCAUCCAAAUGUGAAGAGUGAAAUCUGCACACACUUUGCUAAUUGUGAGCUGCGUUCAGUGGUUAUCAUUGAUAGAGGUUUGAUUGGAUCAAAUGAGCCCUCAACCAAUUAUCCUGGCAAAAUUCCACACGGCCUUGACCUUCCCAGUGAUGUUGCUGACGAGAAACUUUCAGGGAAUGAGCCAACAAAGUAACAUGAUAGGAUCUUCUUCAGUUAUAUGACUUUCAAGAUGAUGAUGACAACGAUACCUCCAAUUUAGCAUUCAUUAAUGGCCAUUGAUUUUAUUUACAUGUAAACAAUAGACAUGUUCUUUUUUACUUCCUUGUUCCCGUCUUCUCACGAUACAUUUAACUUCUGCCACUUCUUUCACCGUGGAAAGGAAGGAUCUUUGUGAAAGUUUUGGUGGUAGCCAAAAAGACAAUGAAAAUUCUCUUCUUUUUCUUUUACAGAAAAAAAAAGGCAAUCAAAUUCUUAAGCCGUGGUAAAA